AUGUCGGUUGUCUUGCUGAUGGAGUGUCACGUUAAGGUCGCCGCCUAUUAUGAAAAUGCCCUCGGCAAAUCUCAUCAGGCUAUUAAAUGUGGUGCGGAAGAAUUGGUAUUGUUUAGAAUUCGGGGCGUCGACAUUUGCGAAUGUGUAUUUCUGACCGUGGAGGGUGCCCUUCGUGACGAUAUAUCUGCCGUGUUUGCAUUGAAUGGUGUCCAAUUCUACGUAGGGAACGUGCCUGGAGAACAGUAUUCCCUCUCCAAUGUUGCGGCGUAA